CCCUUCGCUGCAACCGCUUCCGGCUCGGGCGAAGCAAGCUUCCGGCUCGGCGGCCGGCGCCGGCCUGGCGCUGCUCCCGCGGCUCCCGCCAUGUCCACGCUGUUCCCCUCGCUCCUGCCCCGCCUCACCGAGUCCCUCUGGUUCAACCUCGACCGGCCGUGCGUGGACGAGACCGAGCUGCAGCAGCAGGAGCAGCAGCACCAGGCCUGGCUCCAGAGCAUUGCUGAGAAGGACAACAACUUGGUGCCCAUAGGAAAGCCAGCAUCCGAGGUGGGUGUGUGGGCAGGGAAGUGGGGGGUUGCCACAGGGCUUGAGGGGCAGAUGAGGUUGCUGGAGCUGUUGUGUCCACAGCACUAUGAUGAGGAAGAGGAGGAGGAUGAUGAAGAUGAUGAAGACAGCGAAGAGGACUCAGAAGAUGAUGAGGACAUGCAGGAUAUGGAUGAGAUGAAUGAUUAUAAUGAGUCUCCUGAUGAUGGGGAGAUCAAUGAGGUAAAUAGUAUGAGACCCCAAAGCAGGGGAUGUAAAGUGUGUGUGACCCUGAGCAUGAGCUGUUUUCUCUCCUUCACUCCCUCUCUUGGGUUCUUGCUCUGGUGGGAGAUCUCAAACCUCUUUCUUUCCCAGGUGGACAUGGAGGGGACAGAGCAGGAUCAGGACCAGUGGAUGAUCUGAUUCUGCCACAACCACACCAAACUGGAGGCUGGGGGAGAGCCUUUGCCCCCCAUGGCUCUGGGGGACAGUUCAGUGAAGGUCCCUCCCCCUGCCAUGGGUGCUGUGUGGGGCAGGGGGUUCAGAGGAAAGCCCCCCAGGAAAGCCAGAGGGGAGACUGGCACGUUGAAGCUGACACAUCUUUUCUAAUAAACUCAGUUUUCAAGAAGACAA